AUGGAACAGAACUGUAGAACCUCCACCUCCUCCACAUCACCACCUCCUCCACAUCACCACCACCUCCUCCACAUCACCACCUCCUCCUCCACAUCACCUCCUCCUCCACCUCCUCCACAUCACCACCUCCUCCACAUCACCACCACCUCCUCCACAUCACCACCUCCUCCUCCACAUCACCUCCUCCUCCACCUCCUCCACAUCACCACCUCCUCCACAUCACCACCACCUCCUCCACAUCACCACCUCCUCCACAUCACCACCACCUCCUCCACAUCACCACCUCCUCCUCCACAUCACCUCCUCCUCCACAUCACCACCUCCUCCACCUCGUCCACAUCACCACCUCCUCCACCUCCUCCACACCUCCACCUCCUCCACAUCACCACCUCCUCCACAUCACCUCCUCCUCCACAUCACCACCUCCUCCACAUCACCACCUCCUCCUCCUCCACAUCACCUCCUCCUCCACAUCACCACCUCCUCCACAUCACCUCCCUCAUCCACAUCACCUCCUCCUCCACAUCACCACCUCCUCCACAUCACCACCUCCUCCUCCACACCACCACCUCCUCCACAUCACCACCUCCUCCUCCACAUCACCACCUCCUCCACCACAUCACCUCCUCCUCCACAUCACCACCUCCUCCACAUCUCCACCUCCUCCACAUCUCCACCUCCUCCACAUCACCACCUCCUCCACACCACCACCUCCUCCACAUCACCACCUCCUCCACAUCACCACCUCCUCCACACCACCACCACCUCCACAUCUCCACCUCCUCCACAUCUCCACCUCCUCCACAUCACCUCCUCCUCCACAUCACCACCUCCUCCACAUCACCACCACCUCCACAUCUCCACCUCCUCCACAUCACCACCUCCUCCACAUCACCACCACCUCCACAUCUCCACCUCCUCCACAUCACCACCUCCUCCACAUCACCUCCUCCUCCACAUCACCACCUCCUCCACAUCACCACCACCUCCACAUCUCCACCUCCUCCACAUCACCACCUCCUCCACAUCACCACCUCCUCCACAUCACCUCCUCCUCCACAUCACCUCCUCCUCCACAUCACCACCACCUCCUCCACAUCACCACCACCUCCUCCACAUCACCACCUCCUCCACAUCACCUCCUCCUCCACAUCUCCACCUCCUCCUCCACAUCACCUCCUCCUCCACAUCACCACCACCUCCUCCACAUCACCACCACCUCCACAUCACCACCACCUCCUCCACAUCACCACCUCCUCCACAUCACCUCCUCCUCCACAUCACCUCCUCCUCCACAUCACCUCCUCCUCCACAUCACCUCCUCCUCCACAUCACCACCCCCUCCACAUCACCUCCUCCUCCACAUCACCACCUCCUCCACAUCACCUCCUCCUCCACAUCACCACCCCCUCCACAUCACCUCCUCCACAUCACCUCCUCCUCCACAUCACCGCCUCCUCCACAUCACCACCUCCUCCACAUCACCUCCUCCUCCACAUCACCUCCUCCUCCACAUCACCACCUCCUCCACACCACCACCUCCUCCACAUCACCACCUCCUCCACAUCACCUCCUCCUCCACAUCACCAUCUCCUCCACAUCACCUCCUCCUCCACAUCACCACUUCCUCCACAUCACCUCCUCCUCCACAUCACCUCCUCCUCCACAUCACCUCCUCCGCCACGUCACCUCCUCCUCCACAUCACCUCCUCCUCCACAUCACCACCCCCUCCACAUCACCUCCUCCACAUCACCUCCUCCUCCACAUCACCUCCUCCUCCACAUCACCACCUCCUCCACAUCACCUCCUCCUCCACAUCACCUCCUCCUCCACAUCACCACCUCCUCCACACCACCACCUCCUCCACAUCACCACCUCCUCCACAUCACCACCUCCUCCACAUCACCACCUCCUCCUCCACAUCACCACCUCCUCCACCUCGUCCACAUCACCACCUCCUCCACAUCACCACCUCCUCCACAUCACCACCUCCUCCACCUCGUCCACAUCACCACCUCCUCCACAUCACCACCUCCUCCACAUCACCACCUCCUCCUCCACAUCACCACCUCCUCCACCUCCUCCACAUCACCUCCUCCUCCACAUCACCACCUCCUCCUCCACACCUCCACCUCCUCCACAUCACCACCUCCUCCACACCACCACCUCCUCCAAAUCACCACCUCCUCCACAUCACCACCUCCUCCACAUCACAUCCUCCUCCACAUCACCUCCUCCACAUCACCACCUCCUCCACAUCACCACCUCCUCCACCUCGUCCACAUCACCACCUCCUCCACCUCGUCCACAUCACCACCUCCUCCACAUCACCUCCUCCUCCACAUCACCACCUCCUCCUCCACAUCACCACCUCCUCCACAUCACCUCCACCUCCUCCACAUCACCACCUCCUCCACACCACCACCUCCUCCACAUCACCACCUCCUCCUCCACAUCACCACCUCCUCCACAUCACCACCUCCUCCACAUCACCUCCUCCUCCACAUCACCUCCUCCACAUCACCACCUCCUCCACAUCACCACCUCCUCCACACCACCACCUCCUCCACAUCACCACCUCCUCCUCCACAUCACCACCUCCUCCACAUCACCACCUCCUCCUCCACAUCACCACCUCCUCGUCCACAUCACCUCCUCCACAUCACCACCCCCUCCACAUCACCUCCUCCUCCACAUCACCUCCUCCUCCACAUCACCACCUCCUCCACAUCACCUCCUCCUCCACAUCACCACCUCCUCCACAUCACCACCUCCUCCACAUCACCACCUCCUCCACAUCACCUCCUCCUACACACCUCCUCCUCCUCCACAUCACCUCCUCCUCCACAUCACCACCUCCUCCUCCACAUCACCUCCUCCUCCACAUCACCUCCUCCUCCACAUCACCACCUCCUCCAAAUCACCACCUCCUCCACACCACCACCUCCUCCUCCACACCACCACCUCCUCCACAUCACCACCUCCUCCUCCACAUCACCACCUCCUCCACACCACCACCUCCUCCACAUCACCACCUCCUCCUCCACACCACCACCUCCUCCACAUCACCACCUCCUCCUCCACAUCACCACCUCCUCCACACCACCACCUCCUCCACAUCACCACCUCCUCCUCCACAUCACCACCUCCUCCACAUCACCUCCUCCUCCACAUCACCACCACCUCCCACACCACCACCUCCUUCACAUCACCACCUCCUCCUCCACAUCACCACCUCCUCCACAUCACCACCACCUCCUCCACAUCACCACCUCCUCCUCCACAUCACCUCCUCCUCCACAUCACCACCUCCUCCACCUCGUCCACAUCACCACCUCCUCCACAUCACCUCCUCCUCCACAUCACCUCCUCCACAUCACCACCUCCUCCACAUCACCACCUCCUCCACACCACCACCUCCUCCACAUCACCACCUCCUCCUCCACAUCACCACCUCCUCCACAUCACAACCUCCUCCUCCACAUCACCACCUCCUCGUCCACAUCACCUCCUCCACAUCACCACCCCCUCCACAUCACCUCCUCCUCCACAUCACCUCCUCCCCCACAUCACCACCUCCUCCACAUCACCACCUCCUCCACAUCACCUCCUCCUCCACAUCACCACCUCCUCCACAUCACCACCUCCUCCACAUCACCACCUCCUCCACAUCACCUCCUACACAUCACCACCUCCUCCACAUCACCUCCUCCUCCACACCACCACCUCCUCCACAUCACCACCUCCUCCUCCUCCACCAUCACCUCCUCCUCCACAUCACCACCUCCUCCACAUCACCACCUCCUCCUCCACAUCACCUCCUCCUCCACAUCACCACCUCCUCCAAAUCACCACCUCCUCCACACCACCCACCUCCUCGUCCACACCACCACCUCCUCCACAUCACCACCUCCUCCUCCACAUCACCACCUCCUCCACACCACCACCUCCUCCACAUCACCACCUCCUCCUCCACAUCACCACCUCCUCCACAUCACCUCCUCCUCCACAUCACCACCACCUCCCACACCACCACCUCCUUCACAUCACCACCUCCUCCUCCACAUCACCACCUCCUCCACAUCACCACCACCUCCUCCACAUCACCACCUCCUCCUCCACAUCACCUCCUCCUCCACAUCACCACCUCCUCCACCUCGUCCACAUCACCACCUCCUCCACCUCCUCCACCUCCUCCACACCUCCACCUCCUCCACCUCCUCCACAUCACCACCUCCUCCACAUCACCUCCUCCUCCACAUCACCACCUCCUCCACAUCACCACCUCCUCCUCCUCCACAUCACCUCUCCUCCUCCACAUCACCACCUCCUCCACAUCACCUCCUCAUCCACAUCACCUCCUCCUCCACAUCACCACCUCCUCCACAUCACCACCUCCUCCACAUCACCACCUCCUCCUCCACACCACCACCUCCUCCACAUCACCACCUCCUCCUCCACAUCACCUCCUCCUCCACAUCACCACCUCCUCCACAUCUCCACCUCCUCCACAUCUCCACCUCCUCCACAUCACCACCUCCUCCACACCACCACCUCCUCCACAUCACCACCUCCUCCACAUCACCACCUCCUCCACACCACCACCACCUCCACAUCUCCACCUCCUCCACAUCUCCACCUCCUCCACAUCACCACCUCCUCCACAUCACCACCACCUCCACAUCUCCACCUCCUCCACAUCACCACCUCCUCCACAUCACCACCACCUCCACAUCUCCACCUCCUCCACAUCACCACCUCCUCCACAUCACCUCCUCCUCCACAUCACCACCUCCUCCACAUCACCACCACCUCCACAUCUCCACCUCCUCCACAUCACCACCUCCUCCACAUCACCACCUCCUCCACAUCACCUCCUCCUCCACAUCUCCACCUCCUCCUCCACAUCACCUCCUCCUCCACAUCACCACCACCUCCUCCACAUCACCACCACCUCCUCCACAUCACCACCUCCUCCACAUCACCUCCUCCUCCACAUCUCCACCUCCUCCUCCACAUCACCUCCUCCUCCACAUCACCACCACCUCCUCCACAUCACCACCACCUCCUCCACAUCACCACCUCCUCCACAUCACCUCCUCCUCCACAUCACCUCCUCCUCCACAUCACCUCCUCCUCCACAUCACCACCUCCUCCACAUCACCACCCCCUCCACAUCACCUCCUCCUCCACAUCACCACCUCCUCCACAUCACCUCCUCCUCCACAUCACCACCCCCUCCACAUCACACUCCUCCACAUCACCUCCUCCUCCACAUCACCGCCUCCUCCACAUCACCACCUCCUCCACAUCACCUCCUCCUCCACAUCACCUCCUCCUCCACAUCACCACCUCCUCCACACCACCACCUCCUCCACACCACCACCUCCUCCACAUCACCACCUCCUCCACAUCACCUCCUCCUCCACAUCACCACCUCCUCCACAUCACCUCCUCCUCCACAUCACCACUUCCUCCACAUCACCUCCUCCUCCACAUCACCUCCUCCUCCACAUCACCUCCUCCUCCACAUCACCACCCCCUCCACAUCACCUCCUCCACAUCACCUCCUCCUCCACAUCACCUCCUCCUCCACAUCACCACCUCCUCCACAUCACCUCCUCCUCCACAUCACCUCCUCCUCCACAUCACCACCUCCUCCACACCACCACCUCCUCCACAUCACCACCUCCUCCACAUCACCACCUCCUCCACAUCACCACCUCCUCCUCCACAUCACCUCCUCCUCCACAUCACCACCACCUCCUCCACAUCACCACCACCUCCUCCACAUCACCACCUCCUCCACAUCACCUCCUCCUCCACAUCUCCACCUCCUCCUCCACAUCACCUCCUCCUCCACAUCACCACCACCUCCUCCACAUCACCACCACCUCCUCCACAUCACCACCUCCUCCACAUCACCUCCUCCUCCACAUCUCCACCUCCUCCUCCACAUCACCACCACCUCCUCCACAUCACCUCCUCCUCCACAUCACCUCCUCCUCCACAUCACCUCCUCCUCCACAUCACCUCCUCCUCCACAUCACCACCCCCUCCACAUCACCUCCUCCUCCACAUCACCACCUCCUCCACAUCACCUCCUCCUCCACAUCACCACCCCCUCCACAUCACCUCCUCCACACCUCCUCACAUCCUCCUCCUCCUCCACACAUCACCGCCUCCUCCACAUCCCACUCCACACCACCUCCUCCUCCACAUCACCUCCUCCUCCACACAUCCACCACACCUCCCUCCACAUCACAUCACCUCCUCCACAUCACCUCCUCCUCCACAUCACCACCUCCUCCACAUCACCACCAUCCUCCACAUCACCACCUCCUCCACAUCACCACCUCCUCCACAUCACCACCUCCUCCUCCACAUCACCACCUCCUCCACCUCGUCCACAUCACCACCUCCUCCACAUCACCACCAUCCUCCUCCACAUCACCACCUCCUCCACCUCGUCCACAUCACCACCUCCUCCACAUCACCACCUCCUCCACAUCACCACCUCCUCCUCCACAUCACCACCUCCCUCCACCUCCUCCACAUCACCUCCUCCUCCACAUCACCACCUCCUCCAUCAUCCACACCUCCACAUCACCUCCACCUCCUCCACAUCACACCACCUCCUCCACAUCCACCACCUCCUCCACAUCACCACCUCCUCCACAUCACCACCUCCUCCACAUCCACCACCUCCUCCACAUCACCACCUCCUCCACAUCACCACCUCCUCCACAUCCACACCACCUCCUCCACAUCACCACCUCCUCCACCUCGUCCACAUCACCACCUCCUCCACAUCACCACCUCCUCCACAUCACCACCUCCUCCACAUCACCACCUCCUCCACAUCACCCUCCUCCUCCACACCACCACCUCCUCCACAUCAUCUCCUCCUCCUCCACAUCACCACCUCCUCCACAUCACCACCUCCUCCACAUCACCACCUCCUCCACAUCACCACCUCCUCCACAUCACCACCUCCUCCACAUCACCACCUCCUCCUCCACACCACCACCUCCUCCACAUCACCACCUCCUCCUCCACAUCACCACCUCCUCCACAUCACCACCUCCUCCUCCACAUCACCACCUCCUCCUCCACAUCACCACCUCCUCCACAUCACCACCUCCUCCACAUCACCACCCUCCUCCACAUCACCACCCCUCCUCCACAUCACCUCCUCCUCCACAUCACCCUCCAUCCUCCACAUCACCACCUCCUCCACAUCACCUCCUCCUACACAUCACCAUCCUCCUCCACAUCACCACCUCCUCCACAUCACCUCACCUCCUCCACAUCACCACCAUCCUCCUCCACAUCACCACCUCCUCCACAUCACCCACCUCCUCCUCCACAUCACCACCUCCUCCACAUCACCUCCUCACUCCACAUCACCCUCCUCCUCCACAUCACCACCUCCUCCACAUCACCACCUCCUCCACAUCACCACCUCCUCCUCCACAUCACCACCUCCUCCUCCACAUCACCUCCUCCUCCACAUCACCACCUCCUCCACAUCACCACCUCCUCCACAUCACCACCUCCUCCUCCUCCACAUCACCACCUCCUCCACAUCACCACCUCCUCCACAUCACCACCACCUCCCCACACCACCACCUCCUCCACAUCCAUCCACCUCCUCCUCCACAUCCCACCCUCCUCCAUCACCUCCUCAUCAUCACCUCCCUCCAUCACCUCCUCCAUCACCUCCUCCAUCACCUCCACACAUCACCUCCUCCUCCACAUCACCACCACCACCCACACCUCCACCAUCACCUCCUCUAUCACCUCCUCCAUCCACCUCCUCCAUCACCACCUCCAUCACCUCCACCAUCACCUCCUCCAUCACCUCCUCCAUCACCUCCUCCAUCACCUCCUCCAUCACCACCUCCAUCACCUCCUCCACAUCACCUCCUCCUCACAUCACCUCCUCCAUCACCUCCACCUCACCUCCUCCAUCCCACCUCCUCCAUCACCUCCUCAUCACCUCCUCCAUCACCACCUCCUCCAUCACCUCCUCCAUCACCCCUCCAUCACCUCCUCACCCUCCUCCAUCACCUCCUCCAUCACCUCCUCCAUCACCUCCUCCAUCACCUCCUCCAUCACCUCCUCCUCCCUCCUCCAUCACCUCCUCCAUCACCUCCUCCAUCACCUCCUCCAUCACCUCCUCCAUCACCUCCUCCAUCACCUCCUCCAUCACCUCCUCCAUCACCUCCUCCUCACCUCCUCCAUCACCUCCUCCAUCACCUCCUCCAUCACCUCCUCAUCACCUCCUCCAUCACCUCCUCCAUCACCUCCUCCAUCACCUCCUCCAUCACCUCCUCCAUCACCUCCUCCAUCACCUCCUCCAUCACCUCCUCCAUCACCUCCUCCAUCACCUCCUCCAUCACACCACCUCAUCACCUCCUCCAUCACCUCCUCCAUCACCUCCUCCAUCACCUCCUCCAUCACCUCCUCCAUCACCUCCUCCAUCACCUCCUCCAUCACCUCCUCAUCACCUCCUCCAUCACCUCCUCCAUCACCUCCUCCAUCACCUCCUCCAUCACCUCCUCAUCACCUCCUCCAUCACCUCCUCCAUCACCUCCUCCAUCACCUCCUCCACCUCACCUCACUCCUCAUCACCUCCUCCAUCACCUCCUCCAUCACCUCCUCCAUCACCUCCUCCAUCACCUCCUCCAUCACCUCCUCCAUCACCUCCUCCAUCACCUCCUCCAUCACCUCCUCCAUCACCUCCUCCAUCACCUCCUCCAUCACCUCCUCCAUCACCUCCUCCAUCACCUCCUCCAUCACCUCCUCCAUCACCUCCUCCCAUCACCUCCUCAUCACCUCCUCCAUCACCUCCUCCAUCACCUCCUCCAUCACCUCCUCCAUCACCUCCUCAUCACCUCCUCCAUCACCUCCUCCAUCAUCACCUCCUCCAUCACCUCCUCCAUCACCUCCUCAUCACCUCCUCCAUCACCUCCUCCAUCACCUCCUCCAUCACCUCCUCCAUCACCUCCUCCAUCACCUCCUCCAUCACCUCCUCCAUCACCUCCUCCAUCACCUCCUCCAUCACCUCCUCAUCACCUCCUCAUCACCUCCUCCAUCACCUCCUCCAUCACCUCCUCCAUCACCUCCUCCACCUCACCUCCUCCAUCACCUCCUCCAUCACCUCCUCCAUCACCUCCUCAUCACCUCCUCAUCACCUCCUCCAUCACCUCCUCCAUCACCUCCUCCAUCAUCCUCCUCCAUCACCUCCUCCAUCACCUCCUCCAUCACCUCCUCCAUCACCUCCUCCAUCACCUCCUCCAUCACCUCCUCCAUCACCUCCUCCAUCACCUCCUCCAUCACCUCCUCCAUCACCUCCUCAUCACCUCCUCCAUCACCUCCUCCAUCACCUCCUCAUCACCUCUCUCCUCACCUCCUCCACCAUCACCUCCUCCAUCACCUCCUCCAUCACCUCCUCCAUCACCUCCUCCAUCACCUCCUCCAUCACCUCCUCCAUCACCUCCUCCAUCACCUCCUCCAUCACCUCCUCCAUCACCUCCUCCAUCACCUCCUCCAUCACCUCCUCCAUCACCUCCUCCAUCACCUCCUCCAUCACCUCCUCCCUCACCUCCUCCAUCACCUCCUCCAUCACCUCCUCCAUCACCUCCUCCAUCACCUCCUCCAUCACCUCCUCCAUCACCUCCUCCAUCACCUCCUCCAUCACCUCCUCCAUCACCUCCUCCAUCACCUCCUCCAUCACCUCCUCCAUCACCUCCUCCAUCACCUCCUCCAUCACCUCCUCCAUCACCUCCUCCAUCACCUCCUCCAUCACCUCCUCCAUCACCUCCUCCAUCACCUCCUCCAUCACCUCCUCCACUCACCCUCCUCCAUCACCCUCCUCCAUCACCUCCUCCAUCACCUCCUCCAUCACCUCCUCCAUCACCUCCUCCAUCACCUCCUCCAUCACCUCCUCCAUCACCUCCUCCAUCACCUCCUCCAUCACCUCCUCCAUCACCUCCUCCAUCACCUCCUCCAUCACCUCCUCCAUCACCUCCUCCAUCACCUCCUCCAUCACCUCCUCCAUCACCUCCUCCAUCACCUCCUCCAUCACCUCCUCCAUCACCUCCUCCAUCACCUCCUCCAUCACCUCCUCCAUCACCUCCUCCAUCACCUCCUCAUCACCUCCUCCAUCACCUCCUCCAUCACCACCCACCCCAUCACCUCCUCCAUCACCUCCUCCAUCACCUCCUCCAUCACCUCCUCCAUCACCUCCUCCACUCCUCACCCUCCUCCAUCACCUCCACCAUCACCUCCUCCAUCACCUCCUCCAUCACCUCCUCCAUCACCUCCUCUAUCACCUCCUCCAUCACCUCCUCCAUCCACCUCCUCAUCACCUCCUCCAUCACCUCCUCCUCAUCACUCCACCAUCACCUCCUUCAUCACCUCCUCCAUCACCUCCUCCAUCACCUCCUCCAUCACCUCCUCCGUCACCUCCUCCAUCACCUCCUCCAUCACCUCCUAUCACCUCCUCCAUCACCUCCUCCAUCCACCUCCUCAUCACCUCCUCCAUCACCUCCUCCAUCACCUCCACCAUCACCUCCUUCCAUCACCUCCUCCAUCACCUCCUCCAUCACCUCCUCCAUCACCUCCUCCGUCACCUCCUCCAUCACCUCCUCCAUCACCUCCUCCAUCACCUCCUUAUCACCUCCACCAUCACCUCCUCCAUCACCUCCACCCUCACCUCCUCCAUCACCUCCUCCAUCACCUCCUCAUCACCUCCUCCAUCCACCUCCUCCAUCACCUCCUCAUCACCUCCUCCAUCACCUCCUCCAUCACCUCCACCAUCACCUCCUCCAUCACCUCCUCCAUCACCUCCUCCAUCACCUCCUCUAUCACCUCCUCCAUCACCUCCUCCAUCCACCUCCUCCAUCACCUCCUCCAUCACCUCCACCAUCACCUCCUCCAUCACCUCCUCCAUCACCUCCUCCAGCACCUCCUCCAUCACCUCCUCCGUCACCUCCUCAUCACCUCCUCCAUCACCUCCUUAUCCCUCCUCCAUCACCUCCUCCAUCACCUCCUCCAUCACCUCCUCCAUCACCUCCUCCAUCACCUCCUCCAUCACCUCCUCCAUCACCUCCUCCAUCACCUCCUCCGUCACCUCCUCCAUCACCUCCUCCAUCACCUCCUCCAUCACCUCCUCCAUCACCUCCUCCAUCACCUCCUCCAUCACCUCCUCCAUCACCUCCUCCAUCACCUCCUCCAGCACCUCCUCCAUCACCUCCUCCAGGAAGUGA